UCGGCCGCCAUUGCUCUCUUCGCGUCCUUCGGUACCAAAAUGGCGUCGCGUCCAUGAGGUGCAUCGUUCCCCUCGAAGGCAUCCCGAGCGCCUUCUUUCUCGUCCUUGAACACCGCCAGGAGAAAAUGCAGAGGCCCUGAGAAAAUUCGAAGAUUUUCAUGAGAAGCAGAAACAAGAGGAAACCAUGGAAAAAGACGAACCGGACCGUUCCUUCGACCUCAUCGACUGCGUCGUCUUCGCGGGGAUGCUGGGCGUCUCGGCGAUUGUUGGCGUCUAUCAAGCUUAUCAAUCUCGAAAGCAACCCGAUGCAGUUCGAGAGUACCUCAUGGGCGGGCAGAACAUGUCCAUAUUCCCGAUAAGCAUGUCUUUGAUAGCCAGCUACAUUUCCGGGAUAGCUAUACUGGGCCUGCCAGCGGAAAUGUAUGUCUAUGGUACCCAGUUCUGGGUGGUAGUCAUCGCAGAUUCCUUUGUAUCUCUUACAAUGGCUGUCGUCUAUCUUCCGGUCUUCUACGGGCUCCAGAUCACGUCUUCUUACGAGUACCUGGAGCUGCGAUUCAACCACUUGGUCAGGCUCAUGGGCUCCGUCAUAUUUAUCAUAAAGAUGUUACUAUACAUACCGUUGGUGAUCUACGUACCUGCCCUGGCAUUCAAUCAAGUCACCGGCAUAAACUUGCACGUGGUGGCUCCUCUCGUCUGUGCUGUCUGCAUAUUUUACACGACUCUGGGUGGCCUCAAGGCUGUCGUUUGGACCGACACCAUCCAAACUGUCGUUAUGUUUGGUGGGGUGAUAGUCGUCAUGGUUGUUGGGACGAUUAGGGUUGGAGGCAUAGAAGAAGUAUGGAAACGCAACGUCGAGACCGGCAGGAUAGAGUUCUUCAACAUGGAUCCAGAUCCCACCGUGAGACACACUUUCUGGACCGUGGUGAUCGGUAAUUAUUUAAAUUGGCUCGCCACCUGUUCCGUGAACCAAGCAAUGGUGCAACGAUGUCUAGCCAUGCCGAACCUGAAGAAAUCCAACAUAACCAUCAUGAUCAUGGCUGUCGGCAUAAUAACCAUCGUGUCCAUGAGCUGCUACACCGGGAUCGUCAUAUACGCUAACUUUUUCGAAUGCGACCCAGUUACCACCAAGCAAAUUAGGAAGCCAGACCAACUGCUGCCAUAUUUCGUGAUGGAAAUGGCCAGGUCGAUCCCAGGUCUGCCAGGACUCUUCGUGUCUGGUGUAUUUAGUGCAGCUUUGAGCACCAUGUCGACGGGGUUGAACUCCAUGUCUGGUGUCAUCUACGAAGACAUGAUCAAGCCGCUUUUAAGGUCGCCCAUGAGCGACGUAGGAGCGAGCAGGAUAAUGAAGGCCACGGUGAUCCUGAUUGGCGCAGUUUGCGUGGGUCUGGUUUUCCUGGUGGAGAAGCUCAGUGGUCUUAUACAGGCGGGCAAAAGCUUAUCCGGAAUCACGGCAGGACCUCUGCUGGGGAUCUUCACCCUGGGGAUGUUCUUCCCCCCAGCAAACUCCACGGGUGCUCUUGUAGGUGCUCUGGUCAGCCUCAACCUCGUGGCAUGGAUCUCGUUAGGCACGCAGGCUGCGAUAUCCACAGGAAGGAUUAAUUUCCCCGUGAAGCCGGUCUUCGUGGACGGAUGUCCGGAUCACUUGAAGGAAGCUGCGACGAACCUCAGCCUGAUCGUGGAAAACGCUGUCAGGGAGCAGCCGUUCUUCCUGUACAGGAUGUCCUACCUCUGGUACACCUGGGUGGGCUUCCUGACGGCGAUCGUCGUCGGUCUGGUCGUCUCCUGGCUUACAGGUGCGAAUAAAUAUAAACCAGAGGAUAAAAAGUUGUACACACCGGUGAUAAGACGUUUACUGCCAUCCACCCCCAACACUCCACCGACCGACAUGGAACUGAGAAAAAGGAAGAAACAGUUCUCGACGAGUCAAUGCUCCACGGGAUGUUAAUGACUGCCUGGCGAUGUACAACGAUCGAUCCAUCUCUAAGUGCGAUGCACUUAAACGUGAUCAGAUAAUGG